AUGCAUAAUUCUUUUUUGAAGAUAGUUGAUAAUACAGUAAUUUUUAUUAUAUAAACUAUCAUUUUUUCUAGAGAUUCUAAUUUUCUAAUCUGUUAAGUGAAUUUGGAUGGUUAUUUAGUAAUCUCUAUUUAAAAAAAAGAAAGAAUACAUCUUUAAAAAUUAGGAGGAAUAAUUAUUUUUUAUUUUUUAAAUGGAUAAUGGAUAUAAUUAAUAGUAUAAAUAUAUAAAAACAAGAAAAUGUUUCAUGUCAAUUCAGAGUAGAUUAUUAUUCAGUAAGAAAUUGAAAUUAAAUUCAAUUUUGAUCUCAUCUUAGAUUUCAAAUCAUUUUUAUUGAAAUUCACCUAUAUUAGCACAGAAUUAUUCUAAAAUAAGAUAUAGGUUGAAAAUUGUAAAGUUAUUAAUAUAAAAAAAUAUAUAUAGAUAAAAAAAUAUAAUAAAUCAUUACUUAAAACCACCUUUCAAUUAAAUAAGAUAAUAUCCAAGGAACAGAAUAUACUGUAAGAUUAAUAAUAGUGGGAAAGUAGUCAGAAGAAUUGA